AUGGAGAGCAUCCGGGAGUUCGACCUCACAGGCAUGAAAACUCUGAAAUGUUGGAAGAAUAAGACCUUCUACGUGGAAGCCAAUGGCGACUUCCAAAUGCCCAAGACGUCUAAGACCUCCACGGUGGGCCCUGCGGCGUGCCAGCUGAUGUGUGCCAGCACCUUCGGAUGUGAACAUUUCUCCUAUUGGAAGGACGGAGGUUGCCUUUUGACCUCAUUCUCAGCUCAUCCCAAAGCCUACAUUGGGCCUGACGACAAUGGCGUGAUCAGUGGACCACGGGAAUGCAAAGAGAUCGAUAACGGGCCGACCAUGGUCUUCGAAGGCUCAGCGCUAGGCCUUCCAAAGUUUCAUGCCCAUAAAGCUGGUGGAUGUGGCAGCCUUCAUGAUCACUACAAGCUGGCUUGGUCGGCUGAAGGUGAAACGUUCUUCGACGAGUGGCAGUUCAUCAACAAGAGUGAGACGCGAGGUGCGGAGUGGUAUCUCAAUAAGACAGAGGCUUUUUACCAAGGUGUGGUCCAUGCCUCGAAGGCCGGUGCUCUGCUCCGUGUGGGCGAGCAAGUGCAACCCUUCAAGCGCCGGAGUGUGAUGCUCCACUCCGCCCAGGCCUGGCGCCCAGACAUUGGCUUUAUUGUGGCCAUGAAGUACAAACACGUGCCCUAUGGCCCCGGCAUUUGGCCCGCCUUUUGGUUGGUGAACAGCGACGUGGGCUGGCCCAAAGGUGGAGAAUUGGACAUCCUGGAAUAUGCCAACGACGAAGCCAAUAAGGUGACCUUCCACACCGAUCGUCAUUGCAAGUUGAACGUGGAAAAGCUGAAGAAGUGCGCAAGAAACAUCCAAGGCAUCGAUCCCAACAUGCUGGUGAACUGCUACACCAACUAUUCCAUGAAUCUCAUUGGCUGCAUGCCACCUCAGGUGCGAAAGGAUGGUGAGUGGUUUGCCAAGAAUCCGGGUGUCAUUGCCUUGCUGUGGGAUGCGAGCGGCAUCACCAGCUUUCACAUUCCUGAAAGCGAGAUCCCAGCAGAUUUGGCCAACAACCAGCCACAGCCCAAUACCUGGAAGGACUCCUGGAGAAUGGCUUUUAUGCCAUUUGAAGCAGAGACUUGCAUGGACAUUGCUAGGCCUCAGGAGAUUGUGCUGAACAUUGCAAUCUGUGGCGAUUGGGCUGGGAAUACGUGGUGGGAGUGCGAGGAGUGUAAGGCUACGGGAUACGUGCCAGACUAUUGCAUUCCUGGACAUGUCACCGAGCCGGCCACUGAUUGUUGUACUCUCUACAUCUCGAAUCCAUCUGCAGAAGAGGGCUUGAAAAGCAAAGCAUUCUUCGACCUCGACUACAUCAAGGUCUUUGAACCCGAAGGCUAUGAUUUGCCCCGCUACCCGGCGGGCACCUAUCGGAAUGGCGGUGUUUUCGUGGGCGACGUCUGA